GGUUCAUCUUCAACGAGCCUGUUGUGAUUCUCCGUUUCGUCAUCAGGACUCGACGUUCGGUUCCGCACGUGAGGGCGAGCGCGCGCACGACGGCUGUUUAUAUGAAGAUUUAAAGCUUAAGCAUUCACUCUGCAGCGUCAUGGAGAGAAGAGAGGAAGAGGAAGAGGGGAAGACUACGGCCCAGAUAGAGGAAGAGGAGGAAAGAGAUGAAGACUCAGAUGGUGAUGAAGAGCAACAAAACGAUGAUGAUGAUGAUGAUAAUGAUGAAGAAGAAGAAGAGGAUGAACACUCAGAUGGUGAGGAAGAGCAGAAAAACGACGAUGAUGAUGAUGAUGCAGACCUGAAGAAGAAGACCAAACAGAGAGCUGCUGCGCUGGCUUCCUUUCCAGACAGGAAGUGCAUUCCAGGUAUCGUUUACCUGGGUCACAUUCCUCCGAGGCUCCGCCCCAAACACCUGAGGAACCUGCUGUCAGUGUUUGGAGAGAUCGGACGCAUCUUCCUCCAACCCGAAGAUGGCCAGGUGAGGAGGAGCAAGAGGAAGUCCGGGUUGAGGAGGUGUGACUUCACUGAAGGGUGGGUGGAGUUCAGAGACAAGCGGGUGGCGAAGAGAGUCGUGUUGUCGCUCCACAACACGCCGAUGGGGACCAGGAAGCGCCAACACUUCUCCUCGGACCUCUGGUCCAUCAAGUACCUGCACAGGUUCCAGUGGACUCACCUGAGCGAGCGGCUGGCCUUCGAGCAGACGGUCCUGCAGCAGAGACUCAGGACUGAAGUGUCUCAGGCGAAGAGAGAAACCAACUUCUACCUGAGCAACGUGGAUAAGAGCGCUCACCUGGACACCCUGAGGAGGAAGAGACAGAGAGACGGACAAGAGGGCGACGACAAGUCGUGGGACUUCACUCAGCGUCAGACGGAGGAAGAGAUCCAGAUGAAGAAGCAGAAGAGGAAAGACUUCGUUACCCAGAAGCACCUGGACAAGGCCCGCCUCAUACAGCAGCAGAGCCAAUCGAACGUCUCGCUGCUCGCCAAGAUUUUCAACUGCAACAAAUCAGAGUGACUGCUCAUUGGUCGCUGGACAAGAUUGUUUGGAAACACGAAGCAGCAUGUGAUGACAUGCCCAUCUUCCACAACCAAUCACAGGCCAAGCUGAGCGGGGAUUGAGAAUGAGUUAGUUAAGGCCUUAACGAGCUUGUGUGUGUGUGUGUGUGUGUGUGUGUGUGAGUGAGAGAGUGCAUGAAACAGCAGAUGAUUGCUGAAUGCAACAGAAUGUUAUUAAUAAAAUACAUUUUAAACAGCA